UCAAUAUUCAGUUCUUCGAUUCUGUUGCCGGAGUACGGUUCGCUUAGUGAACAAUUUGUAGUGUGAACCGUCGCACACACUGUAUAUUUGUGAAGUAGAUAGUAAGCUUAGUGUGGUUUUGAAUAAUUUUUUGUAAACGUAAAUUCAAAACUGUCUGAUACAAGACGAUCGCUUUAGUGGUGAUGACAAUUUCAUGAUUUUAAGAUUAGUGAGUCUGAAAUUAGUGAUGUAUAAAUGAUAAAUAUAUACAAGUUUGAUGAGCGUGUAGUACGGAUGUUGAGGAUACAAUAAAAUUGGAUUAAAGUGAUUGGUGUGAAACUAAUGUGAAUAUGAAAUAUAAAUUCAAAAACUUAUUACAGUGUUAACAACGAUACGAGUGAAAAAAUAAAAUAAAUUUACAUUAAAAUGAAAGUGCGAACAUAAAAAAGUUAAAGAAAAACACAAAAAAAAAUUAAUAAAAAAAAUCAUACCACAAAUGAAACAUUAAGCGCAAACAAUAUGCUGCAGCACUCAACAACGGAUUUUUAUGAUUUAUCAUCAACAACAAGUAUCAGUAAUCGACAAACGCCCCCAUACAGUCCCACGGGAGGUACAGCAGCCAGUGUGAUAUCAGCAAAUAAUAACAAUAAUAAUAAUUCAAGUAAUAAUAAUAAUAACAAUAGUCUGGAUACGUUGCAAAAUGGGGGGUCGACGAGUUGUAGAGACGAAGCGUUAGCCUUUAGUUUUGGAUUUACACAGGAACAAGUUGCUUGUGUUUGUGAGGUUCUACAACAAGCUGGCAAUAUAGAAAGAUUGGGUCGUUUUCUUUGGUCGCUACCGCAAUGUGAUAAACUGCAAUUAAACGAAUCUGUACUGAAAGCAAAAGCUGUAGUUGCCUUCCAUCGGGGGCAUUUUAAGGAACUAUAUCGAUUACUCGAGCACAACCAAUACUCACCUCACAAUCACGCAAAAUUGCAGGCUCUAUGGCUUAAAGCGCAUUAUGUGGAAGCCGAAAAACUGCGAGGAAGACCGCUCGGUGCUGUUGGUAAAUACAGAGUUAGACGUAAAUUUCCAUUGCCACGAACAAUUUGGGAUGGAGAGGAAACUAGUUAUUGUUUCAAAGAAAAAUCACGAUCUGUACUACGCGACUGGUAUACACAUAAUCCUUAUCCAUCACCACGUGAGAAAAGGGAAUUAGCUGAAGGAACUGGACUUACGACAACACAGGUUUCAAAUUGGUUUAAAAAUCGACGACAAAGAGACAGAGCCGCCGAGCACAAAGACAUUGGUGGUUCCGAAAAGCAACAUCUCGACUCAUCCAGUGACUCCGAAAUGGAUACACCAACAAUGAUGCACAGCAGUAACAGCACAGCACAACAACAAUCGAACACCUCAAAUACACAAUCCACGCAACAUUUGCAAUUAAAUUUAAGUAGCAAUCAACAACCAAUUAGCGCAUCGCUGAUGGCAUCAUCCACCAGCAAUAUGUCAACGUCGCAUGGUAAUGUGACGGGUCACAGUAAGAGUUUAACACAGAUGCCACCAUUGUCAGCUGUUGCAUAUUCGCAUUUGCAUAGCGUAAUGGGAUCGAUGCCGAUUUACGAUAUGAGCGACUAUCAACACUUAUGAUUCUAGUAAAUGGAUUUUUGUAAUUAUAACGAAAUGAGAUCAGUAAAUUUUUUCUUUUUUUUUGUUUUAUUUAUUUAAUUAAUUAAUUUGUAAAGUGAAAUGAUAUUUUCAUAAAUUUAUUUAAAUAAACUAUUUUUAUUUGCCUAGAUUCGUAGAGAUUGUUGUCCAAUUAAAAAAAAAUGAAAUAAAAUUUUUUCAUCAUAUCAAGCAGACACACACACUGUAAAAUUAACACAGAUCGCCACUUUCAUUAUAUAUUUUUUUCAAAUUCAAAUUUUAAUAUCGGAAUGAGUAAAAUAAAAUUGCAAAAAAAAACUUUUUCGAGAUGCGUAUACUAAAAAGCUUACACUCAAAUAACACGCAGCCUGAUCACCACACUAAUAUACCAUUCAAUAUUAACUCAAUGAGGAAUUUCCGAUUAGAGAAACUAAUAGACCACGAGCCUUAUGCGACCGCAAUUUGAAGCCUAUGUCUCUUUAUUGCACUGCCUGAGACAAAAUCGUUAUUCAUGGAACUCAGCUGAAAACUCAUCAUCAGAGUGUUAAAAAACUUGAAAUGCCUGCGGCCUCGUGCCACAAUUACACAUCUAGUAGUACUAGAUUCUAGUACCCAAUAAAACACUUUGCACUUGAUGCCAUUGCGUACAAUCGUGAGCCUAAUAAAGUACUUUACACCGCGAUUCAUACAACGAUUUAUGCAACAGAGGCAUCCAAUGUCUGCACAUUGUGAUGCUGAGUGGCAUAAAUGACUAUUUCCUAACAAUUGCCUAAAUGGCUGGUUUUGCGCACAAGAUGUGAAAAUAUAUCAGAAAUUACAUGACACAUGGCUAUUACCGUAAAGACUAUCAAAGACCAGAAAGAAUAGAUUUGGUUUUAUGUAUUGAACAAUAUGUUACGGCGGAUAGCACUCUGAUAUAAACGCCGUCUGUCGGUCUAUAUAAAUACAUUUUCUAGGAUUUAGCUAAUCUUAAUCUUGCUGUCUUAAUGCACACGUUUCAACCAGACGGAAGGAAUGCUAAUUUAAAAUGCCUCUUCGAAGAUCUAUUUUUAUUCGAUUCGAUCGGAUUAUCAAUGCAGAGUAAUUGACCAAGUUAAUUGAUGUUUUCGUAGAGAAGUUUAAAUCUGUUCUUAACAACGACAUUGAAGACCAUUGUCUUGUGGUAAAUAGCAAGUAUCAAAUCCCCGAAAUCAACAAACAUUAAGCCUAACCAUUUUUACAAAUAUUAACGUCACGGUUUUAGUCAAUUUGGAGACAUUGGUUUUUUUAACAUUGCACGUACAUAAUACCUUCAAGCAUAAAAAUCGAAUCAAUUGAAUUAAAUGAAAAUUUUAUAGUUUGCAUGGUCGUGGAUAUUAUUCUGUGGUAGAAAGUAAAUUAAUUGAAAUUGUAAAUAAAACUUACCAAAAAAAGGAAGGAGAAGAACGAGAUGUACUUAAACUAUUUAAGAAAGUGCUGAUGAUGAAAAUAUUUGAACAAAUUAAAAUUAUCACAAUGGCAGUCCUACUCGAAUAAAAUAACAGAAAUCUCUGCAUAAAAUAAUAAGAAAAUCAAUUUAAUAAAUAAAAUUAUUGCACAGAGUUGUAAUCUCUUAAACAUUAUGAACGUCAAAAUAUUUUCCAGUUAAUAAAUCGACAGCUCAAAAUAA